AUGCUUUCCGAUGAGCUCGACUCCAAACCAGAGCUGCUGGUGCAGUUUGUUCAGAACGCAUCCAUCCCGCUGGUGCAGGGUUUGGAGGAGACCGAGACCAAACACCCAUGCCUGCCACUGCUGACACCGGUUGGCAGCUCACUGUGUGGACACCUGCAGCUCACAGAUGGCACGCUGAGCCCCCCACCGGAAAGUUCGUCAUUGUCGGAGCUGCAAGGUGUAUCGGAACGAAGCCCACUUGUGGUUCAGCAGAUGCACGUCGCGCACCCACGGGCUUCACCCAGCCCGCCACCCAUCCUCCAUGACCUGCAGCAGUCGGAUGGCACCUCCUACGUCCUGCUCAACCUGGCAAAGGGCAUCACGGCCUCAUCCGAGUCCCUCAUAUUCGCCGCGGACGGAACAGCCGACGACGAAGACGUGUCGUCGGUGGACUACGGCCUGGAAGGCAGCGCCCCCUGGUACCUGCGGGUCCAGGAAUUAGCCCACGACAGCCUGAUCGCAGCCACGCGUGCGCAAUUGGCACGCGACGCCAAGGCCAGUCAGGACGCCAGAGCGGCCACCGCCGCCAACGGCGACCACACGCACGUUUCACCGUCAGAAGCCGCCGAGCGACAGGCGACGGCACCGGUACCUGUAACGCUGCCGUCGCCUCCGCCGCCUCGGACCGGGCGCCCCCUCGCCACCAGGCAGAUCCUCCGCUGUUCUUUCGAUGGCUGCUGCAGAACCUUCACGUGGCCAGCUCACCUCAAGUAUCACCUCAAAACGCACAGGAACGACCGCAUGUUCCGCUGCGUGGCGGAAGGCUGCGGUAAGAGCUUCUACGUCCUCCAGCGUCUCCAGGUUCACAUGAGGACGCACAGCGGCGACAAACCUUUCGUAUGCAAGGAGAACAAUUGCGGAAAGAAGUUCACCACGGCCGGAAACCUCAAGAACCACAGACGCGUUCACACCGGAGAGAAGCCUUUCGUGUGUGAAGCAGAUGGUUGUGGGCGCUCCUUUGCCGAGUAUUCCAGUCUGAGAAAACACAUGCUCGUACAUUCUGGAGAGAAGCCUCACCACUGCGGGAUCUGCGGGAAGACCUUCUCUCAAUCCGGAAGCAGGAACGUCCAUAUAAAGAGACGCCACGGGGAAGAAGGUCUUGUGGCAGAAAGCAGGGAAACAGGAGAGGCGUUAACACGCAGCAGCCUUUUGGAGGCCGACAGUGAGAACGCGACUAGCCUGGAUGCCGUCAAUCUCCAUCACGCUAUGCUCAGGUCGCAAGGUCCGGAAGACUCUGUGACCGUUCUGUCUCCUCCACACCAACUGGUCACCAUGACGACAGAGGGCGCCACCUACGGUAAUGUGGUGGCGCUGCUGUAA